CAGCACGGGUGACGGUAUGUAGGGAACUCCCAGAUUCUCCAGUCACACCGUCUACCCAUGAAAACACAAGAGAGACCCACAGAGGGAUGUGAGCCACAUUGCGGUGAUAGCCACUACUAUUUGAAGAGAAGUCCUUCAACAUUUCCACAGCAAGGGGUGCAGUGUGAGGGGGAAGAGCUGAUGAGGUGAAGAAAGCCAAAGGAGGCCACUGUGGUUCGCCUGCUCUCUCUCAGCCCUGAUUCUGAGUGACCGCUGCACACUCCCGCGUUUCACUUCGAGAGGAGGCUUGGCUCCCUCUGGGUGCAAGAAACACCAUGUGCCAAAACUGGAGAGGAUUUACCACCGCCCCAUAGUCCGCCAAGCCUCUCGUGAACCCUCCCCUCUAGUCUUGAGGACCCUCCUGAUCCCCCACAUUGCCCACUGGCCAAGAUGAAGAAGGUGGCAGCAUGGUCUGCAGAAGAUGUCUAUGACUGGCUGAGCAAAGAGGGGAUGCUGGAGUACAUCGACGCCCUCCGUCAGACGGACGGUCCCGGUCUGCUCAGGCUCAACGAGGCAGAUUUCCACAGGCCCUCCCUGUCGCUCGUGUCGUCUGAUGGCGGGCAGCAGCUGUUGGAGCGACUGGAGACGCUGCGGAUAGAGACUCACAUCGAGGAUCACAAAAACGGCCACGCAAACGGACACGCUGGGGGGCUACCUAACGGGACUAGCAAGCCUCAGAGGAACGGGAUGAAGGACUACAGGAUGGAGAUGGUCCACAUCCCCAUCCCUACGAAGGAAACCACACGGCCCUCCUUCCCGACCGAGUGGGGGAAGACGGGCAUAGCGUUCGCCUACGCGGUGGUGUGCUUUGUUACCACCACCAUCGUAAUUUCAGUGGUCCACGAGAGAGUACCGCCAAAGGAGCACACCCCUCCGCUGCCCGAUAAGUUCUUUGACCUGUUCAACAGGGUGGAGUGGGCCUUCUCCAUCUGUGAGAUUAACGGCAUGCUGCUGGUGGGACUCUGGCUGAUACAGUGGAUUCUACUCAAGCACAGGUCAAUUAUAGGCAGGCGAUUCUUCUUCAUUGUUGGCACACUCUAUCUGUACCGGUGUAUUACAAUGUACAUCACCACUCUGCCUGUUCCUGGGAUGCACUUCAAAUGCUCUCCAAAGCUUCUCGGGAACUGGGAGGCGCAGAUGAGGAGAAUAAUGAAGAUGAUUGCUGGUGGGGGCCUCUCCAUCACAGGGUCCCACACCAUGUGUGGAGAUUAUCUGUACAGUGGCCACACAGUCAUGCUAACGCUAACAUACCUCUUCAUCAAGGAGUAUUCCCCCAAGCGGUUCUGGUGGUACCACUGGUUCUGCUGGAGCUUGAGCGCUGUUGGGAUUUUCUGCAUCCUCCUGGCCCAUGACCACUACACUGUGGAUGUGGUGGUUGCAUAUUUCAUCACUACACGCCUCUUUUGGUGGUACCACACCAUGGCCAACCAGCAGUCGCUGAAGGAGACAUCGCAGAGUAACCCGUUCUCGCGGGUUUGGUGGUACAGACUGUUCCAGUUCUUCGAGGAGAAUGUCAGCGGGAUGGUUCCUCGUAACUAUCAGCUGCCGCUGUCGUGGCGGUCGCUGCAGUGGAGCCGCGGCGUGAAGUACAGCAAACUGGAGGUCCAGUGACCCAAAUCAUUCAAAGCCGGCGAGGACUAUGACUUCCAAAAGUGCUGUUUCUCCCCGAGGAGGGCGGCACGGUUCAAUGUAGCGUUGUCCUUUCACCUCUAGGAAACCCUGUCCAAAUGGGUAGCACUGUGACCCACUUAGUAUUUUUGUUUGUGUUAGUGUAUAUAUAUUUAGUUUAUCUUGUCCUCUUUCUCUUCUGGUAGUAUCCGUCAACACAGAGCACUAAUUUAUAUUUGUUUUGUGUCUUCCUCCUCGUGGGUCACAGUUUACGAAGCAUUUCCUCAAACUACUAAAAAAUAUUUUUGGCCUCAAGGACUCAAAAACGUUUUUUUCUCCGCACAAAACCAUAGUUAAUGUCUUCAUGUUCUUACAAGAGUUUUUAGUGCAAAUGGUGUCAAUCAAAUGCUGAUUUGAUAAGCAAAAUGCCAUAAGCACGUUUUUGUUGUUUUCUUUUUAUAGCAAAUUACUUUUUGUAAACGGUCCUUGCUAAAAUGAGUCAAAGGUGCAAAAAAUAAUGUUUUUAAGUAUGUCAAACUUUAUUUUUCAAAAACAAAUGAUGUCCAACGAAAGAUUUUUAGAUUUUUACCUUUUUCAAGAUGGAUAACUGAGAGCAUAAGAAUCCGAUGUGGUGUAACAUUAUUCCAGUGCCUUUCUUAGCUUGAUUGUAAAACAGUUCAAGUACUAUGUGUCUUGUGUCUCUUGGCGAGUAUGAGGCGGUACUUAGUUAACAGUCUCGUUCCCAUGAAUGUAAAAACAACUACGCCAGCCUUACCA